UCUCUCUCUCUCUCUCUCUAGUUUGCUGUUUUUGCUCAUCAAAGUAAAAAAAAAUAAAAAUGCAGAGCAAUGCAUUGAGUUGCUCUUCCUCAAUCUCAAUCAAGAAAUCUACAAGGGUUUCCACUCCUUUCUACAGAUUUAAUCCUAUCUCUCUAUCUUUUCCUUCAAGAUCCCAUCUUUUCACCUCACCCUAUGCCAUCUCUCACUCCUCUUCUUCUUCUACACGGUUUCCGUCGACGUCAUUGAAAGGAUGGUUAACGACUCCCUCUCCGGUGGUGCCGGAGCCAGAAUCCGAUGAUGGGUUUCAGCUUCACGCAGCGAAGAACGCCGGAGAGAUUGAGACCUCGGCCAGUCUCUCCAACACUUUGCAGCUUGCUUUUCUUUUUGUUCUAUGGUUCCUUUUCAACAUAUAUUUUAACAUUUACAACAAGCAGGUGCUCAAGGUGUAUCCAUUUCCCAUAACAGUUUCUACUGUUCAGUUUGCUGUUGGUACUUUGCUUGUCAUCAUAAUGUGGACUUUUAACCUUUAUAAAAGGCCAAAAAUUAGUGGGGCACAGCUUGCAGCAAUUUUGCCACUGGCUCUGGUUCAUACUUUGGGAAAUCUUUUUACCAAUUUGAGUCUUGGGAAAGUUUCUGUUUCUUUUACUCAUACUGUUAAGGCUAUGGAGCCUUUUUUCUCAGUUGUCCUUUCUGCUAUGUUUUUGGGGGAGACACCGACCCCUUUGAUAGUUAUUUCACUUCUUCCUAUUGUUGGUGGAAUUGCAUUGGCAUCUAUGACAGAGGUUUCUUUUAAUUGGAUAGGUUUUUGGAGUGCUAUGGCUUCAAACCUGACAAACCAAUCCCGAAAUGUCCUUAGCAAAAAAUUCAUGGCCAAGAAAGAGGAAUCCUUGGAUAACAUUACUCUUUUCUCUAUCAUUACAAUCAUGUCCUUCAUCUUGUGUGCUCCAGUUAGUGUUUUGAUGGAAGGGAUCAAAGUCACUCCUGCAUACCUGCAAUCUGUUGGUUUGGAUGCUAGAGAGGUUUACAUUAGGUCUCUUCUUGCAGCAAUAUGCUUCCAUGCAUAUCAGCAGGUCUCGUACAUGAUUUUGCAGAGAGUAUCCCCUGUCACUCACUCUGUGGCUAAUUCUGUGAAGCGGGUGGUGGUUAUUGUGGCCUCUGUUCUCUUCUUUCGCACACCAGUCUCACCCAUCAACUCUUUGGGCACUGGAAUUGCUCUGGCUGGAGUAUUUCUCUACUCGAGAGUGAAGGGCUUGAAGCCCAAGACAACAUGAAGAUCUUGUCGGGGAAAAAAGUUUUGUUGGUUCGCAAGUUCAUUUUGAGAUAUUACUAGGAGGACCAAGGAACUAUAUCUUAAAUUUUGAUGGUUAAUUUUUUUUUAGAGACCUUAUAUUUUCUUAUAAAAAUGGACUAUUCACGAUUGUUUCCAGAUACUACCAGAGUGAUCGAUCAUACAUAAAUUGUACAGAUCAAUGAACAAACCACAGCAUUCAGGUUUGUGUUUAUUUGGCAUGGCUUGGCAUCUCUUCUUUUUGGGAGUGUUGAUUUUAGAAAUUUGAAACUGCUUUUUAUUCAUUUGCUUGGAUUUUUGGGAAGCAUUAGAAUUCUUCUUAUCAAUGCAAUUACUCUUUGUGAGGAUCUAAAUGUUUGGGAAUGUUAUUUUCUUUA